UAAAGAGUGUUCUGGUCAAGAGAGCCGAAGUGUUGGUACAAAAUGUGUGACGUGACCGAGUUGAAGGAACAAAGGACGAAUAUUUUUUAAUAUUCAUAGUGUGUUGUACGCUUCAUUUGUUUUUAGACGUUUGUUGAAAGCAGAACUCAGUUAGUGAGAGCCAUUCGUCUUUUAAUCAUCGCCGGAGCAGUAUAAAUGGCAGCACACCUGUACUCAUUUUAACAUUAUUAACUACCAAAGCCCCAUUCGACAUAUAUAAAUUUUAACUAGAAAAAAACCUAUCGAGGACAGAUUUCAAACUCUACGAAUUUUUUUUUUUUUUUUUGCUACUAAACAAAAUCCCAUAACAACAUACUCAAUAGUAUCCUAAUAAUACUGGAAACUUUAAUUCAACACUGGCAAAGCAUCAAAAUAUGCACAUUGCAUACAAGCCAGGUGUUAAUCAUUAUUUAUCAGAAGAGUGAUUCUUGAAAGAACUUUAGAUUCGACAAGACGUGCCCGCAGGUAACAUGCCAGAUCGUGCAUGAUGCAUGAAGAUUCAGCAAAAACACCUCUUCUCUUGAGCGGGGCAUGGAGCUGCGUGCUGGGUGACGCCAGCGGGCUGUUGCGGUGGUCUCGUGGGUCGUGGUGGUCGCCCUGGCUGCUCGUCAAGCUCGUCGACUCGCUGCUGCGAGGAAUGGCGCAGGUGUGUUUUGCCAACAACCCUUGGUCUGGAGCGCUCAUCCUCGUAGGACUCUUCCUGGCGGAUGUCUACGUCGGACUGGCAGCUUGCGCCUGUUCCGUGGUAGCCAUAGCAACCGCCAAGGGUCUCGGGCAGUCGGACGAAGCGGUGAGUGCCGGACUUGCCUCGUACAGCGCCGUGCUGGUGGGCAGCGUCACAGUCGCCCUGCAUCCUGUCUUUGUAGGAGGACCUGUGGGGGUCACCACGUGGCUCUUCAUGCUCGCUGCAGCUGCCUACAGCGUGGUGGUGGGCGUGGGUCUCCACGCGGUCUUGAAGCUCGUCAACCUACCGCUCUUCACGCUGCCCUUCAACAUCGUGACAACUUUGCUCUUCCUCGCACUAACAGCUGCAGGCGCUGACGAUACGGACAAUUCAAAACAAUUCCUGCUGGACUCAUCGCUCUCCCUGAACGCCUCUGGCGUCGAACCUGCAGCACCUGCACCAGGCAUCACGUGGCGUCAAGUGGUGGCGGGCAGCCUGGUAGCGGUGGGGCAGGUGUACGCCGUUGAGCACGUCAUGUGCUCGGUACUCAUCCUUAUCGCCCUCGCCAUCAACUCCUCCAUCCUCUGCCUUGCCUGCUACGGAGGAGGCCUCGUCGGGACCCUCUCAGCUCUACUCGUCACCGACGCAUCGCAACACAGCGCAAUAGCGGCAGGAGUGUGGGGCUACAACGCAGUGCUGGGCGCUGGCUGCGCCGCGUUCUUCCUGGAGCCUUCGUGGCGCUCCCUCGUGCUGGGGGCCUUCAGUGCCACGUCCUGCACUCUCCUGCAGGCCGCUCUACAGCCUGUCUUCUCCGCCCUGAGACUGCCGGUGUUGACGGUGCCGUUCUGCGCGUGGUCUGCGCUGCUGCUGCUGGUGGUGAGCGACGGUCCCGGCGUGAGGGUGGCGCGCGUCCAGUGCCUCGCAUACCCUGAGCAGCACCUCGCCUGGGCCAGACGACGUCGCUUGCUGCCGCCUGCUGCGCCGCCUCACGCUAACACGCGCUUGUAAUUACGACGCUUAACAGGGCAGAUAUGUCUGUUGGCUGGACUAUCAUGACUUACUGGCAUCAGAAGAAAAGACUGUCAACUUCUUCCUAUAACUGGAUGAAAAUAUGAGCUUUUGAGGUGUAAAUAUGAGCUAUAUAUAACAUGGAAAACAAAUAGAAGUAGCCGUCUCUACCGAAUUUGAAGUACAGCUGCAAACAUCAAAUAUUCCAUUGGAGACAAAUACAUACUUUUAUCUCCACCAUAAAAAACUUUAAUGCCGUGAUGUUACGAAGUAUUAAGACAAUUAAUUAAUAAAAAUCACAUUUUACAGUAGCCAAUGUUCUGCUUCAUGACAGCAGAAAUUGAGCAAGUUCUUGCUCAACGCAGUUAUGUACAAGCCUUUUGUCAAUA